AUGUUCAGACAAACCGUCAGGCGCUGCGCCAGGACGGCGGGCUCCAUGAGCUCGAUACCGACACUGGCGAGGCCUCGACUCGCCAUGGCCGUUGCGCGGAAUAACAAUCUCACAACCUCGUCGAGACUCGUCCUCCCCCUUGAGAACGUCGCCACCUUUGGGCGCUCCUACAGCACAGAAACAGCAGAGGCUGCUGCCGCCGCCGACACAGAAGCGCCCGCUGCCGAUGGCCAGGUUGUACGAUUUGCCGACUUGGACAAGCUCAACGUGCACCCGAACCUGAUCACCGCCCUCACUAAAGGCUUCCGCUACGACACGAUGACUCCCGUCCAAGCCAAGACCAUCAACCCUGCGCUCAAGGGCACAGAUAUUGUUGCCCAAGCCAAGACCGGUACAGGAAAGACCAUUGCCUUCCUCCUGCCCCUGCUCCAGAGGAUGCUCGACGAGGAUCCUUCGCUCGCGACCCGCUCGGCUAGCCGCCAUGCCCGCUCCGACGACAUCCGAGGCAUCAUCAUGUCCCCUACGCGCGAGCUCGCGGAACAGAUUGCCCAGGAGGCCAAGCAACUCGUAAAGCACACUGGCCUUGUGGUGCAGACCGCCGUGGGAGGCACCAACAAGACGGGCAUGCUCCGCCAGGUCCAGCGCGAGGGCUGCCAUCUUCUCGUGGCCACCCCUGGCCGACUGAACGAUCUCCUCUCCGACACCUCGUCCGGCAUCGACGCACCCAAGCUGGCUGCGCUGGUUCUCGACGAGGCGGACCGCAUGCUGGACGUUGGUUUCGAAAAGGAGCUAAACGACAUCAUCUCCAUGCUCCCCAGCGUCGAGGAGAAGGUCCGCCAGACCAUGCUCGUCUCCGCCACCAUCCCGGACAAUGUCAUCCGCCUGGCCCGCACCAUGGUCCGCGCGGACGACUUUGAGUUCGUCCAGACCAUCCCCGAGAAUGAGUCCCUGACCCACGACAAGGUGCCUCAGAAAGUGGUGCCCGUCUCCUCAUGGGCCAACGUCUUCCCCACCCUCUUCGAGCUGAUGGAGCGUGAAUACGAGGCGGCCGAGGCCGACCCGGAGCGCAAUCCCUUCAAGGCCAUUGUGUACUUCAACACCACCUCCUUGACCGAGCUAGCAGGCGAGGUCGGCUUCCAGCGCCGCAAGGAGCGCAUGACCGCCAUGAGCACAUUUUCCAUCCACUCGAAACUCGGGCAGAUGCAGCGCACACGCGCGGCCGACAUGUUCCGUCGCUGCCGGUCCGGCGUUCUCUUCUCGUCCGACGUCACCGCGCGUGGCAUGGACUUCCCCAACGUGACGCACGUCAUCCAGAUCGACUCCCCCCGCGACCGCGAAUCCUACAUUCACCGUCUCGGCCGCACCGGUCGCCAGAACAAGGAGGGUGAGGGCUGGCUCAUCCUGACGCCGCUCGAGGUCAACGCGGCGCGGAAGCUCCUCAACGGCCUGCCGCUGAAGCAGGACCAGUCGCUCGAGAGCGCCGAGGCCGACAUUGCCGAGGGCGAGCUGCCCAAGCACUUUCAGGAGUUCAAGGACAUUGUGCAAAUGGUGCCCAAGUCCCUGCUGUCGUCCGCCUACAGCUCAUCGUUCGGCACCGCCUCGCGGAAGCAGGAGCUGGCCGAGGAUCUGCACUACUGGGUGACCCGUGGCUGGGGCUGGUCCGAGACCCCGCCCCUGUCGCCGUCGCUGGUGCGCAACAUUGGCCUCGACCACCGGAGCGGCUUCAUCAAUGUCGGCGAGCGUGUGCACUCGGACCGUGAUGACCGUGGCGGCCGCGGCGGUCGUGGCGGCUUCAGCCGAGGAGGCCGCGGUGGCGACAGCUUCAGCCGCAGCUUCGAGGGCCGCCGUGACGAUGACGGUGGCCGUCGUGGCGGUGGCUUCGGCGGCGGCGGCUUCAGCCGAGGAGGCCGCGGUGGUCGUGACGGCGGCGGUCGUGGCUUCGGAGGCGGUCGUGACGGCGGUCGUGACGGCGGCGCCGGAGGCUCAUGGUAA